GUGGGCGGGCGCAGGUUGCUACAAUGAGUCCCCUUCCGGCACGGGGGACCGGAAGUUGUGGCCCGGCGGUGCCCACCUCGGCUCCGCAGCCCGAGAGCGCGGCCGCCACCGCCACCAUGGGCGGGAAGAACAAGCAGCGGACCAAGGGAAACCUGAGGCCUUCGAAUAGCGGCCGAGCUGCAGAGCUUCUUGCCAAAGAACAGGGAACAGUGCCUGGAUUUAUUGGUUUUGGGACAUAUCACAGUGACCUCGGCUAUGUUCCUGCUAUUCAAGGAGCUGAAGACAUAGACAGCCUCGUGGACUCUGAUUUCCGAAUGGUGCUGAGGAAACUUUCCAAGAAAGAUGUCACAACCAAACUCAAGGCAAUGCAAGAGUUUGGAACUAUGUGCACAGAAAGAGACACAGAAGCUGUAAAAGGGGUCCUCCCGUACUGGCCAAGAAUCUUCUGCAAAAUUUCCCUUGACCAUGAUCGCCGGGUUCGAGAGGCUACACAGCAAGCUUUUGAAAAACUUAUCGUUAAAGUAAAGAAGCACUUGGCUCCAUAUCUGAAAAGUGUAAUGGGAUAUUGGCUGAUGGCUCAGUGUGAUACAUACCCCCCAGCAGCAACUGCAGCCAAAGAUGCAUUUAAAGCUGCUUUCCCUCCAAGCAAGCAACCUGAAGCCAUAGCGUUUUGUAAGGAAGAAAUUACAAGUGUACUGCAGGAUCACCUUCUAAAAGAAACUCCUGAUACACUCAGUGACCCCCAAACUGUUCCAGAGGAAGAGAGAGAGGCUAAAUUCCAUCGAGUUGUCACGUGCUCCCUAUUGGCACUAAAGAAACUGCUUUGCUUCUUGCCUAACAAUGAGCUCGAUUCCCUGGAAGAGAAAUUUAAGUCACUUUUAUCACAGAAUAAGUUUUGGAAGUAUGGAAAACACAGUGUACCUCAGAUCCGCUCGGCAUAUUUCGAGUUAGUUUCUGCCUUGUGCCAACAUGUUCCCCAGGUGAUGAAAGAGGAAGCUUCCAAAGUGAGCCCUUCUGUCCUGCUUAGUAUUGAUGACAGUGACCCUGUGGUCUGCCCAGCUCUCUGGGAAGCUGUGCUCUACACACUGACAACUAUUGAGGAUUGUUGGAUUCAUGUAAAUGCAAAAAAGAGUGUAUUUCCCAAGCUGACGGCUGUGGUUCGUGAAGGUGGCCGGGGUCUUGCUGCUGUCGUACAUCCUUACCUCUUACCGUUCAUCAGCAGGCUCCCUCAGUCCAUUAUGGAGCCAAAGCUGGAGUUCUUCAAAAAUUUUCUCACCUCUCUAAUUACCGGGCUGUCAACAGAGAGAACCAAAACAAGCUUUUCUGAGUCCUCAGCUGUCAUCUCUGCGUUCUUUGAAUGCUUACGGUUUAUAAUGCAGCAGAAUUUAGGCCAGGAGGAGAUGGAGCAGAUGCUUGUCAAUGAGCAGUUGAUCCCAUUUAUUGAUACCGUUCUCAAAGAUCCAGGAUUGCAACAUGUGCCUCUAUUUAACCAUUUAGCAGAAACACUAAGUUCUUGGGAAGCCAAAGCCGAUGCAGAAAAAGAUGCUGAAACUGUUCACAAUUUGGAGAAUGUUCUGCUAAAUUUCUGGGAAAGACUGUCAGAGAUCUGUGUUGAGAAAAUCAGUGAGCCGGAAGCAGAUGUGAAGUCUGUAUUGAGUGUGUCUAACCUAGUAGGGGUACUUCAGAAGCCAAAGAGUUCGUUGAAGUCAAGUAGAAAGAAAAAUGGUAGGGUCAGGUUUGCCAGCGAGGCAUCUGAAGCUAAGAAGGAGGAUGAAAAGUGUGCAUCUUCAGAAGGAGAGAAUGGCGAAGGCUCUGAAGGAGCUACGGAGUCGUCUCUCCUUCAGAGUUCCUUAGACCUUGUGUCUCCCUUAAGGAAAAAGCCCCUGGAAGACUUAGUCUGCAAACUUGCAGAGGUGAGCAUUAACUUUGUCAACGAGCAGAAGUCAGAGCAGCACCUGCAGUUUCUCUCCACGCUGCUGGACUCCUUCUCCUCAGGCCAAGUAUUUAAUGUCCUCCUUGGUGACGAACAGAAGAACGUCGUCAAAGCCAAACCUCUGGAGGUAGGCAGACUCGCUCAAGAAAACCCUGCAGUGCAGUUCUUGUAUCAUAAACUGGUAGGCUGGCUAAACAACAGCCAGAAGAAGGACGGGGGCUUUCUCGUGGACAUCUUGUACAGCGCCCUCCGAUGCUGCACCAGUGACAUUGAAAGGAAAGACGUCUUGGAUGAUCUAACCAAGGAGGACCUGAGUUGGAGUUCUCUUCUUCAAGUCAUUGAAAAGGCAUGUUCUAGUUCAGAUAAACAUGCUUUAGUAACUCCUUGGCUAAAAGGCAGUAUUCUUGGAGAGAAACUGGUUGCCUUGGCAGACUGUCUGUGUGGUCAGGAUUCGAAGCCCUCAUCCUCAGAACAGUGGAAUCUGCUAAGACUAGCGUUGUCACAGCACCUUAAAAAUGAUUACUUGAUUGGAGAAGUAUAUGUUGGAAGAAUUAUUGUUAAACUUCAUGAAACUUUAUCCAAAACAAAGGACUUAUCAGAAGCUGAAAAUAGUGACUCUUUGAUGUCUUUUGUCUGUGAUGUGGCCUAUAGCUAUUUCAGCUCAACAGGAGGCUUGCUAAUGCCAUCAUCUGAAGAUCUGUUAUUAACUCUCUUUCAGCUGUGCGCUCAGAGCAAAGAACGAACACACUUGCCAGAUUUUCUGAUCUGUAAACUGAAAAAUACUUUGCUCUCUGGUAUAAAUCUAUUGGUCCAUCAAACCGCAAGUGCACAUGAGCAGAGUGCUUUCCUCCGUUUGUCUGUGCUGUGGCUGAAGGACCAGGUUCAAUCUUCAGCUUUGGAUAACACGAGUCUUCAGGUCCUCUUGGCUGCUGUUGGUGACCUGCUGAAUACUCUUGUAGCGAGCAGGGAUACUUCUCUUCUUGGAGUCUAUAUUGGAGGUGUAAUGCCCAGUGACAGUGAGUGGGAGAAGAUGAGGCGGUCUCUUCCUAGUCAGUGGCUACACAAACCUCUUUUAGAGGGAAGAUUGAGUUUAAAUUAUGAAUGCUUCAAGACUGACUUUAAGGAACAGGAUACACAGACUCUUCCCAGUCAUCUGUGCACGUCAUCACUAUUGAGCAAAAUGAUCUUGAUUGCUCGGAAAAAGAAAAUAGUCCUAGAAAACAAUGUCCUUGAGAAAAUAAUUGCAGAGCUGCUGUAUUCACUGCAGUGGUGUGAAGAACUUGACAAUCCACCAUCUUUUCUGACUGGAUUUAAUGCAAUGCUUCAAACAAUGAAUAUAACGUAUGACAACUUAUCCGUGCUUGGUAACACGUCCAGCCUCUUGCAGCUGUUGUUUAACAGAUCUAGAAAAAAUGGUACACUUUGGUCUCUUAUUAUUGCUAAGUUGAUACUUUCCCGAAGUAUUUCAUCUGAUGAAGUAAAACCAUAUUAUAAAAGAAAAGAAAGUUUCUUCCCUCUAACAGAAGGUAAUUUGCAUACCAUCCAGAGUCUCUGUCCAUUUUUGUCUAAAGAAGAAAAGAAAGAAUUUAGUGCUCAAUGUAUACCUGCUUUUUUGGGAUGGACUAAAGAAGACCUUUGCAGCAUUAAUGGGGCUUUUGGACAUCUUGCCAUUUUCAAUUCUUGCCUGCAAACCAGAAGUGUAGAUGACAAACAGCUCUUGCAUGGUAUAUUAAAAAUUAUAAUAAGCUGGAAGGAACAGCAUGAAGACAUUUUUCUUUUCAGUUGUAAUCUAUCAGAAGCAAGCCCGGAGGUGCUUGGUAUAAACAUAGAGAUCAUGCGCUUCCUCUCCUNGUUCUGUAUUAUUUGUGGUGUUCUGGUAGCAGCCCGCUUAUCUAUUUCAUCUCUAUUGUUUCCUUAGACGACCAGUGAGAAUCAGGCAUUGUAUUCUGUUCCACUUGUGCAACUGUUUGCCUGUGUCAGCUUUGAUCUGGCCUGUGAUCUCAGUGCCUUUUUUGACUCAGUAACUCCAGAUACUGUUGGCAAUCUUCCUGUAAAUCUGAUCAGCGAGUGGAAAGAAUUUUUUUCUAAAGGCAUCCACAGUUUGCUUUUACCUCUUCUGGUGACUGCUGUAGGAGAGAACAAAGACCUGUCUGAAACGUCCUUUCAGAAUGCAAUGCUGAAGCCCAUGUGUGAAACACUAACAUACAUCUCGAAGGACCAGCUGCUGAGUCACAAGCUCCCUGUGAAGUUGGUGGCCGGCCAGAAGACAAACCUGCCAGAGCACCUCCAGACCUUGCUCAAUACUUUGACCCCACUGCUUCUCUUCAGAGCCAGACCUGUGCAAAUUGCUGCUUAUCACAUGCUCUACAAACUGAUGCCUGAAUUCCCGCAGUAUGACCAGGAUAAUCUGAAGUCGUAUGGAGAUGAAGAGGAAGAACCUUCCUUGUCACCGCCGGCAGCACUGAUGUCUCUUCUUAGCACUCAAGAGGACCUUCUGGAGAAUGUCCUGGGCUGUGUUCCUGUGGGGCAGAUCGUUACCAUUAAGCCACUGAGCGAAGAUUUCUGCUAUGUUCUGGGAUACCUCCUUACGUGGAAACUAAUACUUACUUUCUUCAAAGCUGCUUCGUCUCAGCUUCGUGCUCUGUAUUCAAUGUACCUUAGGAAAACAAAGAGUUUGAAUAAAUUACUCUAUCAUCUGUUCAGACUUAUGCCAGAGAAUCCUACUUAUGGAGAGACAGCUAUUGAGGUAUCAAAUAAGGACCCCAAAACAUUCUUCACUGAGGAACUUCAGCUGAGUAUUAGAGGAACAGCAACUCUCCCGUACCACAUCCCACACCUGGCGUGCUCAGUCUACCACAUGACUCUAAAAGACCUGCCUGCCAUGGUUAGGCUCUGGUGGAAUAGCAGUGAGAAGCGGGUUUUCAAUAUUGUAGAUAGAUUCACAAGCAAGUAUGUCAGUAGUGUUCUUUCUUUUCAAGAAAUAUCUUCUGUACAAACCAGUACACAGCUAUUCAAUGGCAUGACGGUUAAAGCACGAGCUACUACUCGAGAAGUGAUGGCUACAUACACCAUCGAAGACAUAGUCAUCGAGCUCAUAAUACAGCUGCCCUCCAACUAUCCAUUGGGUUCCAUAACAGUGGAAAGUGGGAAAAGAAUUGGGGUGGCUGUGCAGCAGUGGCGCAACUGGAUGCUGCAGUUAAGCACUUACCUCACGCACCAGAAUGGAAGCAUCAUGGAAGGCUUGGCACUGUGGAAGAACAAUGUGGACAAGCGUUUCGAGGGGGUUGAAGACUGUAUGAUCUGCUUCUCAGUCAUUCAUGGUUUCAACUACUCUCUCCCCAAAAAAGCCUGCAGAACAUGCAAGAAAAAGUUCCACUCAGCUUGCUUGUACAAAUGGUUUACAUCUAGCAACAAAUCUACUUGUCCACUCUGUCGUGAGACCUUUUUCUGAGGUUUUUUAAAUUGUAAGUUGUCCCUGCAAUUGGUGAAGCCAGAGGCCCUGGAUUUGGCUCCAUCUUGAAGUACUGACUUGAAGAAGCCAGUGAGCAUGAUACAAUUGCCAUCUCUGCUCAUAUGACCUAAAAUCAGGCUCACUUCUUUCGAGAUUGCUUUGUAAAUCUUUUGAAACCUUUUUCUUUUACAAGAGAACAUUACAUAUUUGAGAGAAAAUAUUUAUAUUAAUGGUUUAGUCUCUUUGUAUAUUUAAAAAUAAAUAUAUCUCUUCUCAAAAAUA